UUGAAACACGUCAUUCAAUUUCACACUUCUUCAAAUUAAACAAAAAUUAUCAUGCGUGGAUGGAUUAAUAAUAAAUCGAUGCAGCCGACUGGGUAUCGUCACAGGGUUUGUAUUUAAAACGAAAAAGCCACGCGGAGUUUCGUGUAUUAUUCUCUGAAGCAUCAAGAUGGAAGGAUUGAGCGGGUUGACGUCAGGAUUAAGUCUCAGGCCCACAGCGGCCGACAUCUUCAUGGCAGUCACCGCUGUACAGCUGACUAGCUUCAUGACAGCACCACAUGGACAGGACAACUGCAGUGGAACUGAGUUCGACUACAUUAUAGUAGGUGCCGGGUCUGCUGGCAGCAUUAUCGCCACAAGACUAUCCGAAGACAAAAAUGUCAACGUACUUUUGGUGGAAGCUGGGGGCGACCCACCUUUGACUUCAAUUCUUCCUGCCUAUUUUGCUCUUCUACCUCAUACAAAAUGGGAUUGGAACUUUACAUCUACACGCAGUCCCAUGCACCAAUGUCAUACAGACCUGACAAUAAACAUGCCUCAAGGUAAGAUGCUCGGCGGCGGGAGCAGCUUCAACUGGAUGUGCUACGUAACAGGGGACCCCCACGACUACGACACCUGGGCUUACAUCUCAGGUGAUGACUCUUGGAAAUAUGACAAUAUUUUACCACUAAUAAAACGUAAUGAAGAUCUCCGUGACAAACCAACCGUCGAGUCCCCCAACGGAAUUUAUCAUGGAACUCGCGGCCCUGUGGGCGUUACUAGGCAAUACAACAAAGAAAUCGACAAAUAUCUUGAAUCUUUCAAGGAACUGGGUCACGAUAUCGUUCUAGAUACUAACGGUAGAAACACAUUAGGAUUUAGUCAUCUUUUACUCACUAUUGCCGAUGGUGUUCGCCAAAGCACGGCACAUGCCUUUUUAAAACCAGCAAUGGAUCGUCCAAAUUUAUGCAUUCUUACACAUACUAUGGCAACAAAAAUUUUAUUUGACUAUGAUAAAAACGCGGAGGGUAUUGAGACAAUUAAUUUAAUAAAAGGUGACAAAAUAGCCUACAAAGCAAAAAGAGAAGUUAUUAUAUCUGCGGGAGCUCUUAACAGCGCUAAACUCAUGAUGCUAUCUGGAAUCGGUCCUAAAAGACAUUUGGAAGAAAUGGGUAUUCCUGUAAUUGCCGACCUAUCGGUAGGAGAAAAUUUACAAGACCACUUGCCCGUAUUGCAAGGUUAUCUGACUGACAAGAGUGUUAUCCCGAAUUUACCUAUUAAUCCUCAUGAGUACCCGGAACCACUUUUUGGUGGUUAUGUCGCUCUAAACAAAAGUCAAUCGUAUCCUGACUAUCAAAUACUAGGUUCCAUCCUAGAUCCCAUCAUAUUGUUAGUGCUCAGUGAACUUACAACCACAUACAAACAAGAGCUUAUUGAUAAAUUUUUCAAGGACAGUAUAGGAAGACAUAUCAUUUAUAUGCACACAACAAAACUUACUCCGAGAUCUAGAGGCAAAGUACUUUUAAACAGUACAGAUCCAUUGGACAAGCCUAUACUUCAAUUAGGCUUUUAUUCGGAUGAACAAGAUUUAGCUGACGCGGUUGCAUAUACGCGAGACGUGCAUCGCGUUUCUCAUACGAAAUACUUGAAAAGCAUGAAAGCUAAGUUACUGAAACCGACAUGUUGUGAGGAUUUGGACGAGGAGACUGAAGAAUAUUGGUUUUGUCACUGCAAGUGUUUGUCAGCCAGUUACUAUCAUUACUGUGGGACCUGUUCCAUGGGGUUGGUGGUGGACUCAAAGCUGAGGGUUUACAACGUCAAGAAACUUCGCGUCGCCGACGGCAGUGUCAUGCCCGUCAUCCCCAGUGGCAACACGAAUGUACCAAUCAUGAUGAUUGGAGAAAAAUGUGCAGAUAUGAUCAAGGCAGUCAGUAAUGAAGUGUGAUUCCUAGUCUCAUUUAUUUUAUGAAAUUAAAACUUAAAAGUAAAUACCUAACCUUUUUAUGAAUAUAAAAAAUCUUAUCAUAUCAUAAAAUAUUCAUGAAAAGAGAUAUCAAUACCAAAUUUUGUAAAGUAACAAAAAAUUCUUUAGCUUAAAGUAAUUUUACUUUUAAUUUAUGAAAUCAACAUUUAAAGAACUGUGACUACAUUGAUUGAUAUGUAAAAUUUAAUUUAAAGCUGUUAUAUUUUGUAAUUUAGCUGUUAAAUAAAAUUUUGAGUUGUUAUUUAUAUUUUGUAUCACUCACGUAUUUUUGUUAGACUUG